AUGUCUAAAAAGCAACUCUCCAAAAGGAAGAGAAAACUACGAAAUCACUAUAAGGACCACUUCCUGUUGGACAUUGAGAACGCCGAAACAUCUGAUGUUUUGACCGGUGGCAAAGCCACAGGCAUGGGUGCCGGUGAUCCUGCCCUUUUUGCCCUUUUGGCCACUGAGGCCGCCAGCACAGUGCGUACAGCAAAGCUGAAGGAGACACCCGUUGCCGAGCCUGUGAUCUCAGCACCCCCACCCCUCAUCCCACGCACUGACUUUGCACCACUGUCUACCACAACUGCAGAUCGGCCACGCCUUGGUGAUGCCCCUCCAUUUCGGCGACAGGAACAACAACAGCAGCAGCAGCAGCCUGCACAGCAAUUCCCCGCCGGCGGCGGUGUUGUCACGAGCGCUGGAAACCAUGCUGUCAAACAGGAUACAAUUUUGGCUAAUACCUACACUUCACCGAGUGAAGCAUCGAAGGUAACGUCUAAUCUACGUGUUACCUCUCAGAUUUGCACCACCCUAGCCAGCCCCACGGUCAUUACCACCGUCAUCAUCUGCUCUUAA